UCUUUCUGAAUACUAACUGACGGUAUUACAUCUACAGUAAAUGAACAUUUACUGAUAAAGUGAAGCACAGAGAGCCUCAAAAAAAGCUGCUUGAGGCAGAAGAAUGUGGCUCAAAAGUCAGAUAUUGCUCUUAUAUUGCAUUGCAAGUGAAGUUUGGAUGGCAAAGCAGCUUGACUCCAGAAGAAAUUUCCCCCGAGGACUUUACUCUGUUGAAGAUGGUGGUUCUGCAAAGUGGAACAGGCUAAAAAGGAGUCUGUAUCAGGGAAAGUCCUGCAGGGUACGAGGCUGUUGCACAGGAAGAGAUGAUGCCUGCAGCUUUAACAUCGUCUCCAAAGCAGCUAUAUGUUACUGUGACCAAUUCUGUGCCUCAGGUUCUCCUGGCCCUGUAGACUGUUGUGCCGACUACUGGGAUGUCUGUGACCACCCUGUUGAGCCCACCAGGUCAGAUGAGCCUUGGCCAUCGGGUUGUUAUAAAGAUGGCCGAUAUUACGGAGAAGGAACAAUAAUUAAAGACAACUGCAAUUCCUGCAAAUGCUUCCAAAGUCUCUGGAAGUGCUCAAAAGAAGUAUGCCUUGUUCGCCAAGACUUAAUUCAGUACAUCAAUUCUGGAGAUUAUGGAUGGAAAGCUGACAACUACAGUCAGUUCUGGGGAAUGACAGUGGAAGAAGGUUUCAAAAAGCGCCUGGGCACCUUCCCUCCAUCUAAUUCCUUGCUGAAUAUGAGAGAAACUCCAGGAAACUCACUUCCAGAAGAAAAAUUUCCUGCAUUUUUUGCAGCCACUUAUGCAUGGCCUGAGUGGAUUCAUGAUCCUCUGGAUCAACGAAACUGUGGAGCAUCCUGGGCUUUUUCAACCGCAAGUGUUGCGGCUGAUAGAAUAGCAAUUCAUUCUGAGGGUCAGAUCACAGACAACCUUUCCGCUCAGAAUUUGAUCUCUUGUGAUACCAGUAAUCAACAUGGAUGUAAUGGUGGAAGUAUUGAUGGUGCUUGGAGAUAUCUGAAAACACAUGGGGUUGUAUCCUAUGCUUGUUAUCCAUCAUUUUGGAACAAUCACCUGGAGCCAUCAAGUGAAAAUCGCUGUUAUGUGUCAAGUGAAUAUGGAAAAAACUAUACAAACGGGCCAUGUCCCAAUGCUUUAGAAGAAUCCAAUCGGUUAUACCGGUGUGCCUCUCACUACAGGGUCUCCUCAAAAGAAACUGAUAUAAUGAAAGAAAUCAUGGACAAAGGACCAGUGCAAGCUAUAAUGAAAGUGUAUGAAGAUUUUUUCCUUUACAAAGAAGGAAUCUAUAGACACUCCCAGAAAGCAGGAUCUAAAUGGAAAAUUCAUUCAGUCAAGCUCCUUGGGUGGGGAGCAUUAGCUGACAAAAAUGGACAGAAACAGAAGUUCUGGAUUGCUGCAAAUUCCUGGGGAAAAUCUUGGGGAGAAAAUGGUUAUUUUAGGAUUCUACGUGGACAAAAUGAGUGUGAUAUUGAGAAGUUGAUUUUAACUACUUUGGGAUAGCCAUAGUCUUCCACUCUAAUUGUAUUGUACCAUACCUACUUUAUGUAUCUGUUCUUUCCAUUGUUGCAUAUUAAGUCUUUCUAGAGAAAUAAAAAUGUCCUCUCUGUAA